CGCUGUAAUAUAUUUACCUAUCUUAUCCAUCGUCAAACAUUUAGAGUUAACAAAACAAAUUAAAUAUAGUAACAAAAUGCGGUAAAAUGACAUCAUAAAGACUGGGCUAAUUAAGACGGUUAUAUAUUUUAUGACAGGUUAUACGUACAGUAAUUGACAUUCUAACGUAAGAGGAAAAACGUUAAGUUAAACUGUCUACAUGUGCGCAAUAGGUGUAUAAACGGAUAUAUUCAAAUACAUGACUUACUUAUUAACAAUAGUACAUCACAAACUUUCAACUGUCUCCUUAAGUGCAUAAAUAAACGGUCCAGUAGUCGGAACGGGUUGAAUGUUUGUAAGAAACAGUUUUGAAUUUUAAUUCAAUUAAAUUAAAUUUCGAAGUUGAAAUAUUUGUGAACGUUUUUGCGUAUAAUUGUCGGACAUUUAUUUAUAAAGUUUUCACAAUGUCUUCUGGUCCGUACAGCUACCAGACAGGAACUUCAAAAACAUUCCAUUGGGCGGAUUACGCUGUUUUUGGUACUACAUUAGCUAUCUCUGCUUCAAUCGGAAUAUUUUAUGCAAUCAAAGACAGGAACAAAAACACCACAGAGGAGUAUUUACUUGCAGGACGGUCAAUGCAUCCACUGCCAGUUGCGAUGUCAUUGCUGUCUAGUUUUAUUUCUGCCAUUACAAUUCUUGGAACGCCAGCGGAAGUGUAUGUGUACAGCACAAUGUACUGGUGGAUCUCGGUGGCAUUUAUUAUCACCGCUAUAGGAGCGGCGCAUAUAUUUAUCCCGGUCUUUUAUAACCUCGGUAUCACCAGCGUCUUUGAGUAUGCCGAGAUGCGGUUUGGACGGACUACACGUAUUAUAGCAUGCAUCAUUUAUCUGCUAUGGAUGAUGUUCUACAUGGCUAUAGUGUUGUAUGCCCCUUCACUGGCCCUCAAUGCAGUGACCGGUUUGUCACUGUGGGGAUCCGUCCUGGCUGUUA